AUGGUGAUGCAUCAAGAGAGUAAGAAGAAGAAGAAGAAGAAGAGCUCUCCAAGGGUUUGUAGUAGAGGUCACUGGAAAGCUUCAGAGGAUUUACAGCUUAGAGAGCUUGUGGAGUUGUUUGGUCCACAGAACUGGAACUACAUUGCAGAGAAGAUGCAAGGAAGAACAGGGAAGAGUUGCAGAUUGAGGUGGUUUAACCAGCUGGAUCCAAGGAUCAACAAGAGAGCUUUCAGUGAGGAAGAAGAAGAAAGGCUAGUUGCAGCUCACAUAGAGUUUGGCAACAAAUGGUCUUUGAUCGCUAAGCUUUUCAAUGGAAGAACAGACAAUGCAGUGAAGAAUCACUGGCAUGUUCUCAUGGCGAGAAAGAUGAGGAAGCAAUCAACUUCUUACUCAAGGAGAACACUCACUCCUUCUCCUCAUUAUCUUACUGAUGAGAAUCAACAAACCUUCAAUCUCUUUCCCGGGAGUGUAGGUGAUGAAAGUACAGAGAUGAAGAACAACAGCUGGAAGAUGCUAAAAGAGGAAACUAAUGACCUCAAAGCUCAGUAUCUUCAACAAGAGUAUUGUUCUUCUUCACGCAUGCCAAUGCAGUACUCAGGUCAUCAUCAUCAUCAUCACUUCCCUACCUUCUCUGCAGAUUCCUUGGCACUGUUCACACCGCAUGUCUCCAUCUCUCAACCAUCACCAUCAUCAUCAUCACCAUCAUCCUCAUUACUGUCAACAUCAGAAGCAGAACACACAAUGGUGGCCAGAUACUUUGAGACUACUAUACCCCCAAGGUUCAUUGAUUUUCUUGGAGUAGGAGCUUCUUGA